AUGUCUCUGUCCACAAAAUUGGAGACGCCAGUCACUGGCAUCUACACCCAGCCUACAGGCCUGUGGAUCGAUAACCAAUGGGUCGAGGCCAUAGAGAAGAACAGCUUCGAAGUCAUAAACCCUGCCACAGAAGAGGUCAUUUGCUCGGUCUCUGAAGCCACCGACAAGGACGUAGAAGAGGCCGUGUCGGCCGCACGAAGAGCAUUUGAAGGUUGUUGGCGCACCACCACACCCCAACAACGGGGAAUCCACCUCACGAAUCUUGCUCAGAUCUGCGAGAAGAACAUAGACAACCUGGCUGCCAUCGAAUGCCUUGAGAGCGGAAAGUCUAUCUCGACAGCCAAAGAGGAAAUCUUUGCCGUUAUUGGCUGCCUCAGAUAUUACGGCGGCUGGGCGGACAAGAUUGAGGGCAAGACUCUUGACAUAAACCCAGAAACACUGCACUACACCAGACAGGAGCCGCUCGGUGUCUGUGGCCAGAUCAUCCCGUGGAACUUCCCAAUGCUGAUGUUGGCCUUCAAGAUUGGACCAGCGCUUGCCACGGGUAACACAGUCGUUGUGAAGACCGCAGAGCAAACGCCACUCGCAGCGCUUGUUUUCGCUGACUACGUCAAGCAAGCUGGUUUCCCGCCUGGCGUGCUAAACAUCCUCUCUGGCUCCGGCAAGGUUGCUGGUGCCGCCAUCUCCUCCCAUAUGGGAAUCGACAAGGUAGCAUUCACCGGUUCCACCGCUGUCGGGCGUACCAUCAUAAAGGCGGCAGCAAUGUCCAACCUGAAGCAAGUGACCCUGGAACUUGGGGGGAAGUCGCCAAACAUCGUUUUUAGUGACGCCGACAUCGAACAGGCAGUCUCCUGGGUCAACUUCGGUAUUUAUUAUAACCAAGGUCAGUGUUGUUGUGCCGGUUCUCGCGUUUACGUGCAGGAGAGCGUUUACGACGCGUUCAUUGAGGCAUUCAAAAAACGGGCUCAGGCAAUUUCGGUUAGAGACCCCUUCGAUGCAAAGACAUUCCAGGGCCCUCAAGUCAGCCAGCGGCAGUUCGACAGAAUCAUGGGAUACAUCGAGGAGGGCAAGAAGAGCGGUGCAACGGUCAAGGCCGGCGGCAAGCGACAAGAAAGCAAAGGUUACUUCAUCCAACCAACCAUCUUCAGCAAUGUCACUGCAGAUAUGAAGAUCAUGCAAGAGGAGAUAUUCGGCCCCGUUGUUGCCGUCGCCAAGUUCAAGACCGAAGAGGAGGUCAUCAAGAUGAGUAAUGACAGCCCAUAUGGUCUGGCGGCAGGUGUCCACACAAAGGAUCUCAAUACGGCCAUCCGUGUCAGCAACUCCUUGCUUUCGGGUACCGUCUGGGUCAACUGCUAUAACAUGGUGCAUCACCAACAGCCAUUUGGUGGAUAUAAGCAGAGUGGCAUAGGUCGCGAGCUUGGCGAGGCGGCGCUGGCAAACUAUACACAAACUAAAUCGGUUGCGAUUUGCCUAAGCGGUGCCCUAUUCUAA